AUGGCAGCUUCCGGUGGUGGAAGUGUAUUUUCGCCCCGUUUUCGAUCUGGUUCCAAAUUGCCUGUGCAAUAUGAUGCUGAUGGAAAAGAAGUUGAGAUUGAGACACGUGAAGAUGAGGAACAAAACGUUAAACUGGAAGAGACUAUUGAGCUGUUGCGAUCUGCAGGAUACUUUAGGGCCCGUAUCAAGGGUCUCUCUCCAUUUGACAAGGUUGUUGGUGGAAUGACUUGGUGUAUAACAACAUGCAAUUUUGAUGUUGAUGUAGAUUUGCUCUUUACAGAAAAUUCCAGUAUUGGCCAGAAAAUAGCCUUGACUGAGAAGAUUGUUUCUGUUCUUCCCCGAAUGAAGUGCCCACAUCGCAUUGAACCCCAUCAAAUCCAGGGUUUGGAUUUUAUCCAUAUAUUCCCUGUGGUUCAAUGGUUGGUAAAAAAAGCUCUUGAAACCCGUGAAGAAAUGGGAGAUUCUAUCCGGGCAUAUUCAAUUUACCAGUUUAAUAAGAAGUAUGAGAUGCCUGAGGAUGAAACUUUUAAAUCUAUCAGAGAAUCAGCAAUGAAAACUCUUGGAGAAGUAAAGAAUGUUUAUCACCCUCAACGACGCUAUCGACGCCGUGAUGCAGAUAAAUUAAAAGAUGAAGAAACAAGAGUGAUAUCUACUCUUCUUGAAUUUGGCUGGAAUUAUGGAGUUAGUCCUAAAGUUGAUGAGGCAGAAAUUGAUAAGAAGCCACUAAGUUCUAAUGAAGUUGACAGUUCUGCCACAGAAGAAGAGCAACGUCUAGAAGAAGAAAGGAAAAUGGACAUGUUGAUGAAGGAGAUGUCUGCAAUGUCUACCAGCGAGGGACUUAAAACCUAUGCAUCAGUGAAACCUGGGGGCAAGAUAAGUGCCAGUGUGGUUGGAUCCAUGGUCAGUAUGCAAUCUGAUGAAAUACAGAGAGUAGCUUCUGAGUACGCUGACAAACAAUCUGAAUUAGAACAUCUAGAAAAGGGAGAGUUAGUUGGUGGUGUGCAGCAUCAUAAGAGAGUGACCACAGCAUUGAGUAAACAAAUUCAACAACAGAAAAUUAAGCUGGAAGAGAUUCAAGUCAAAUACUCGGAUUUGCAUAAAACUUAUCUUCAAACUCAGGAAAACUUAAAAGCGGUAAUUGAAAGAAGUGAGAAAAUAGACACUGAAAUGGAGAAACUCAAUGAAUUAGAAUCAUCUGAAAAUCAAGGAAUACUGGAAAGUCUACGUAAUCUUGUAGCUAUGAAUGAAAACUUGAAAAAGCAAGAACAGGAAUUUAAAGCACAUUGUAAGGAAGAAAUGGUUCGGCUGAAACAGAAUAUUCGUAAGUUGAAAACAGAAACAGAUGAAGAAGAUAAUGAUGAGAUGGAACGUGUUACUUUGAUUGAGCGCCAAUAUGAUGCAGACAAGGAGAAGCUGAAGAAGAUCAAGUUGGUGCUGGCUCAAGUCAACCGAGAAAUUGCCCUGUUGCAACGUAAAAUUGAUGAAGUUCCUUCCCGUGCUGAACUUAGCCAAUAUCAAAAACGUUUCAUAGAAUUGUACAAUCAAGUUGCUGCCAAGCACAAAGAAACUAAACAAUUCUACACUUUAUACAAUACACUGGAUGAUACAAAGCUUUACCUUAACAAAGAAGUGAAUCUACUAAACUCUAUCCAUGACAACUUCAGCACAGCAAUGGGUUCAAGUAACACUAAAGAACAAUUCUUGCGUCAAAUGGAGCAAAUUGUUGAAGGCGUGAAACAAAAUCGAUUAAAGGUAGAGAAGAAGAAACAAGAGGAAAAAAUGAAGCGAGAUCAAUAUAAUGAUGAAUAUUUGGCUCUGGUUGAGAAUCAACGUCUCUAUUUUAAGACUAUCAAAGAUUUCCAGGAAGAAUGUCUUCUAUUAUCUUUCUAUUCAUUUUUCCAUUCAUUUUCUUUCAACAAAACUUUUCCUUCUUUUUCCAUUCUUUUUCUUUCAACAAUAUUUUCUUUAUUUCUUCAGCUGUCUUUGCUAGCCUCAAAACAUCUUGUUAAUUUACUUCUCCUCCCCAUCUUUUCUCUUUCUCUCUCUAUAUGA